AUGGAACAGGGACGACAAGACAGAGAGACCAUGUGUUUCUCUUCGAAGGGCCGCUCAGGGCCAACCCACUUGGGCGUACUUAAUCCAAUUGGGGAAACAACGAAACAAGCGCGGAAUAGAUGCCGUGUGAGGUUAGAGCGCAUCGUUUUUGAGGCCAGGAAAAGCGAGAACCUGCACCAACCUUCGAUUGCGGAGUGUGAGCUCAGACGCUCAUACACACACGAUGAAUUCUUUUGCUCCCGCGUACACGCGGCGUGCCUGUCAUGGGCCAGUCCACAAACCGAGAAAUUCGGAAGGUCGCAGCAACGACUUCUCGUUGAGAGGCCCAGGCCUUCAUCAGAAGCUUGGAAGUCCCGGACCCGCUCAGUAGCCAGUCGUGAAGUCAGCCUUCGGGUGUCGGCUCGAAUUCAAUACACACAAGGAUGGGAAGAGUAA